AAAAAAAACAAGAAGGAAAAUCGCACGAGAGGCGCAACAGCGCACCGGUCAAUCAAGUCGGUAAUUAGGGUUUAACCCAAUCUUGACCAUUUUUCGCAACCGCAACUAGCUCAUAUCAUGUUGUCGGCUCUCCGAUCUCGUUGCUCCUCUCUUCUUCAAGAUCAAUCAUGGAAACUAUGUUUAUCUUCUGCUCCGAAUCGCAUCUUAGCCUCCUCUCCAUUUUUUUCUUCAACCUCCGGAGCCAAAGACGUCUCAGAGAUUCUCACGCUUCCCGAAGUGGAGAAAAUACUCGCUGACGUGAAAGCUGAUAACGUUACGGUGGUUCCAACUCACAAUCACUGUUUCUGGACCGAUUACAUGGUCGUCGCCACCGGACGAUCUGAUUGGCACUUAAAAAACAUCGCUCAAGCAUUAGUCUAUAAGACCAAGCAAAAGCAGAAAGAUGCCAAACAUAUAAUGCUGCCUUAUGUGCAAGGGUACGAUAGCAUGUGGGUUGUCAUAGACUAA